CCGAGGUCCCGGGAGCGAAGAUGGCGAGGCCGGGCGCGCGGCGGGGCGCGGGGGGCGCGGGGGGCGCGCGGGCCGGGGGCGCACGGGGCGGGGGCGCGCUGCUGCUGGCGGGCCUGGCGCUGCUGGGCGCGGCGCGGGCGCGGGCGGCGGCGGGCGGCGACCUCAGCCUGCACCCGCCCUACUUCAACCUGGCGGAGGGCGCCCGCAUCUCCGCGUCGGCCACCUGCGGGGAGGAGGCCUCGGCGCGCGGCGCCCCGCGCCCCACCGAGGACCUCUACUGCAAGCUGGUGGGCGGCCCGGUGGCCGGCGGGGACCCCAACCAGACCAUCCAGGGCCAGUACUGCGACAUCUGCACAGCCGCGAACAGCAACAGGGCGCACCCCGUGAGCAAUGCCAUCGACGGCACGGAGCGCUGGUGGCAGAGCCCGCCACUGUCCCGGGGACUGGAGUACAACGAGGUCAACGUCACGCUGGACCUGGGCCAGGUCUUCCACGUGGCCUACGUGCUCAUCAAGUUCGCCAACUCGCCUCGGCCGGACCUCUGGGUGCUGGAGCGGUCCACGGACUUCGGCCGCACCUACCAGCCGUGGCAGUUCUUCGCCUCCUCCAAGAGGGACUGCUUGGAGCGGUUCGGGCCACAGACGCUGGAGCGCAUCACGCGGGACGACCACGUCAUCUGCUCCACCGAGUACUCCCGGAUCGUGCCCCUGGAGAAUGGCGAGAUCGUGGUGUCCCUGGUGAACGGGCGCCCUGGGGCCAUGAACUUCUCCUACUCGCCGCUGCUGCGAGACUUCACCAAAGCCACCAACAUCCGCCUGCGCUUCCUGCGCACCAACACGCUGCUGGGCCACCUCAUGGGCAAGGCCCUGCGGGACCCCACCGUCACCCGCCGGUACUAUUACAGCAUCAAGGACAUCAGCAUCGGCGGCCGCUGUGUGUGCCACGGCCACGCGGACGUGUGCGAUGCCCAGGACCCCGCAGACCCCUUCCGGCUUCAGUGUGCCUGUCAGCACAACACGUGUGGGGGCUCCUGUGACCGCUGCUGCCCCGGCUUCAACCAGCGGCCGUGGAAGCCGGCCACCACCGACAGUGCCAACGAGUGCCAGUCCUGCAACUGCCACGGCCACGCCCACGACUGCUUCUAUGACCCCGAGGUGGACCGGCGCAACGCCAGCCAGAACCAGGACAACGUGUACCAGGGCGGUGGCGUGUGCAUCGACUGCCAGCAUCACACCACCGGCAUCAACUGUGAACGCUGCCUGCCCGGCUUCUACCGGGCCCCGGACCACCCCCUCGACUCUCCCCACGCUUGCCGCCGCUGCAACUGCGAGUCGGACUUCACGGACGGGACGUGCGAGGACCUGACCGGCCGCUGCUACUGCCGCCCCAACUUCACGGGGGAGCGUUGUGAUGCGUGCGCCGAGGGCUUCACUGGCUUCCCGCACUGCUACCCGGUGCCCUCCUUCUCCCCCAACGACACCGGGGAGCAGGUGCUGCCGGCCGGACAGAUCGUGAACUGUGACUGCAGCGCCGCCGGGACCCAGGGCAACGCCUGCCGCCAGGACCCGCGGCUGGGACGCUGCGUGUGCAAACCCGGCUUCCAGGGCGUCCACUGCGAGCUCUGCGCCCCGGGCUUCUACGGCCCCGGCUGCCAGCCGUGCCAGUGUUCCAGCCCCGGAGUGGCGGACGGGGACUGUGACCGGGACUCGGGCCGGUGCACCUGCCGGGAGGGCUUCGAGGGCGCCGCGUGCGACCGCUGUGCGCCGGGCUACUUCCACUUCCCUCUCUGCCAGCUGUGUGGCUGCAGCCCUGCGGGGACCCUGCCCGAGGGCUGUGACGAGGCUGGCCGCUGCCCCUGCCGGCCGGAGUUCGACGGCCCUCACUGUGACCGCUGCCGCCCGGGCCACCACGGCUACCCCGACUGUCGCGCCUGCACCUGCGACCCACGGGGUGCCCUGGACCAGCUGUGCGGGGCAGGCGGGAUGUGCCACUGCCGUGCUGGCUACACGGGCGCCGCCUGCCAGGAGUGCAGCCCCGGCUUCCACAGCUUCCCCGACUGCACCCCCUGCAACUGCUCCGCCGAGGGGUCCCUGCACGCAUCCUGUGACCCCCGCAGCGGGCAGUGCAGCUGCCGGCCCAGUGUGACGGGGCUGCGAUGUGACAUGUGUGUGCCUGGCGCCUACAACUUCCCCUACUGCGAAGCUGGCUCCUGCCACCCUGCUGGCCUGGCCCCGGCUGGCCACCGCCUUCCCGAGGCGCAGGUGCCCUGUACGUGCCGGGCCCACGUGGAGGGGCCGAGCUGCGAUCGUUGUAAACCCGGGUUCUGGGGGCUGAGUCCCGAGAACCCCGAGGGCUGCACCCGCUGCGACUGUGAUCCUCGGGGCACGCUGGGCGGACUUACCGAGUGCCAGCCGGGCGACGGCCAGUGCUCUUGCAAGCCUCACGUGUGCGGCCAGACCUGCGCGGCCUGCCAGGAUGGCUUCUUCCGGCUGGACCGGGCUGACUACUUCGGCUGCCGCAGCUGCCGGUGCGACGUUGGUGGUGCGCUGGGCCAGGGCUGCGACCCGAGGACCGGCGCCUGCCGGUGCCGCCCCAACACCCAGGGCCUCACCUGCAGCGAGCCGGCGCGAGACCACUACCUGCCUGACCUGCACGACAUGCGUCUGGAGCUGGAGGAGGCGACCACGCCCCAGGGCCACACCGUGCGCUUCGGCUUCAACCCCCUGGAGUUCGAGAGCUUCAGCUGGAGGGGCUACGCCCAGAUGACGCCCAUCCAGCCCAGGAUCGUGGCAAAGCUGAACGUGACCUCCCCUGACCUCUUCCGGCUGGUCUUCCGCUACGUCAACCGGGGGCCCGUGAGUGUGAGUGGGCGAGUGUCGGUGCAAGAGGAGGGCAAGUUUGCCACGUGUACCAACUGCACAGAGCAGAGCCAGCUCGUCACCUUCCCGCCCAGCACGGAGCCUGCCUUUGUCACCGUGCCCCAGAGGGGCUUCGGGGAGCCCUUCGUGCUGAACCCUGGCACCUGGGCUCUGGUCGUGGAGGCUGAAGGGGUUCUCCUGGACUACGUGGUGCUGCUGCCCAGCACGUACUACGAGGCAGCCCUCCUGCAGCUGCGUGUGGCCGACGCCUGCACGUUCCGGCCUGCCGCCCAGCGCUCCGGGAACAACUGCCUCCUCUACACCCACCUGCCCCUGGAUGGCUUCCCCUCAGCGGCGGGACCCGAGGCCUUGUGUCGUCACGACAACAGCCUACCCCGGCCUUGCCCCACGGAGCAACUCAGCCCCUCACAUCCACCACUGGCCGCCUGCCUGGGCAGUGACGUGGACGUCCAGCUCCAGCUGGCAGUGCCACAGCCAGGCCGCUACGCCCUGGUGGUGGAGUAUGCCAAUGAGGACGCCCCCCAGGAGGUGGGCGCAGCCGUGCACACGCCCCAGCGGGCCCCCCAGCAGGGAGCACUCACUUUCCACCCCUGCCCUUACAGCGCCCUGUGCCGGGCCACAGCCCUGGACACCCAGCACCACCUGGCGGUCUUCCACCUGGACACGGAGGCCAGCGUCCGGCUCACGGCCGAGCAGGCCCGCUUCUUCCUGCACAGCGUCACCCUGGUGCCCGUGGAGACGUUCAGCGUGGAGUUCGUGCAGCCCCGGGUCCACUGUGUCAGCGCUCACGGCACCUUCAGCCCCAGCAGGGCCUCCUGCCUGCUGUCUCGCUUCCCGAAGCCGCCCCGGCCCAUCAUCCUCAGGGACUGCCAGGUGCUGCCGCUGCCACCCGGCCUCCCGCUGACCCACUCGCAGGACCUGACGCCCGGCGCGCCCCCGGAGGGGCCCCAGCCUCGGCCCCCCACGGCCGCGGACCCCGAGGCAGAACCCACUCUGCUGCGCCACCCCCAGGGCACUGUGGUCCUCACCACGCACGUGCCGGCCCUGGGCCGCUACGCCUUCCUGCUGCACGGCUACCAGCCAGACCACCCCACCUUCCCCGUGGAGGUCCUCGUCAGCGGCGGCCGAGUCUGGCAGGGCCAUGCCAACGCCAGCUUCUGCCCACACGGCUACGGCUGCCGCACCCUGGUGGUCUGCGAAGGCCAGACGGUGCUGGACGUGACCGACAGCGAGCUCACCGUGACCCUGCGUGUGCCCGAGGGCCGGUGGCUCUGGUUGGAGUAUGUGCUGGUGGUCCCCGAGGAGGCCUACAGCUCCAGCUAUCUCCGAGAGGAGCCCCUGGACAAAUCCUAUGACUUCAUCAGCCAGUGUGCCACCCAUGGGUACCACAUCAGCCCCUCCAGCUCGUCCCAGUUCUGUCGCGAGGCUGCCUCUUCCCUGUCUCUCUACUAUAACAACGGGGCUCGGCCUUGCGGCUGCCACGAGAUGGGCGCCACGGGCCCCACGUGCGAGCCCUUUGGGGGCCAGUGUCCCUGCCGAGCCCACGUCAUCGGCCGGGACUGCUCCCGCUGUGCCACCGGCUACUGGGGCUUCCCCAGCUGCAGGCCCUGUGAGUGCCGAGGCCGUCUGUGCGACGAGCUCACGGGCCACUGUGUGUGCCCGCCACGCACCGUCCCGCCCGACUGCGUCGUGUGCCAGCCCCAGACCUUCGGCUGCCACCCCCUGGUGGGCUGUGAGGAGUGUAACUGCUCGGGGCCCGGUGUCCAGGAGCUCACGGACCCCACCUGUGACGUGGACAGUGGCCAGUGCAAGUGCAGACCCAACGUGGCCGGACGCCGCUGUGACACCUGUGCCCCCGGCUUCCACGGCUACCCCAGCUGCCGUCCCUGCGACUGCCACGAAGCGGGCUCCAUGCCUAGCGUGUGCGACCCCCUCACGGGCCAGUGCCACUGCAAGGAGAACGUGCAGGGCCCACGGUGUGACCAGUGCCGCCUUGGGACCUUCUCCCUCGAUGCCACCAACCCAAAAGGCUGUACCCGCUGCUUCUGCUUCGGGGCCACGGAGCGCUGCCGGAGCUCGGCCCUCGCCCGUCGGGAGCUGGUGGACAUGGAGGGCUGGACGCUGCUCAGCAGUGACCGGCAGGUGGUUCCCCACGAGCUGCGCGCGGAGGCAGAGCUGCUCUACGCUGACUUGCGGCGCGGGUUCGAGGCCUUCCCUGAGCUGUACUGGCAGGCCCCACCCUCCUACCUGGGGGACAGGGUGUCAUCCUAUGGCGGAACCCUCCGCUAUGAGCUGCACUCGGAGACCCAGCGCGGAGAUGUGUUCAUCCCCAGGGAAAGCAGGCCGGACGUGGUGCUGCAGGGCAACCAGAUGAGCAUCACGUUCCUGGAACCGGUGUACCCGGCACCCGGCCACGUUCACCAGGGACAGCUGCAGCUGGUGGAGGGGAACUUCCGACACACGGAGACCCACAACGCCGUGUCCCGCGAGGAGCUCAUGAUGGUGCUGGCGGGCCUGGAGCAGCUGCACAUCCGCGCCCUCUUCUCCCAGACCUCCUCGGCCGUCUCCCUGCGCCGCGUGGCGCUCGAGGUGGCCGGCGAGGUGGGCGGGGGGCCUCCGGCCAGCAACGUGGAGCUGUGCAUGUGCCCGGCCAACUACCGUGGAGAUUCGUGCCAGGAGUGUGCCCCCGGCUAUUACCGAGACACCAAAGGUCUCUUCUUGGGUCGCUGUGUCCCCUGUCAGUGCCACGGCCACUCAGACCGCUGCCUCCCUGGCUCGGGAGUCUGCAUGGGCUGCCAGCACAACACCGAAGGUGACCACUGUGAGCAUUGCGUGGCCGGCUUCGUGCGCAGUGGGUCGGAGGACCCCACGGCCCCCUGUGUCAGCUGCCCCUGCCCCCUCUCGGUGCCUUCCAACAACUUUGCCGUGGGCUGUGUCCUGCGAGGGGGCCGCACACAGUGUCUCUGCAAACCCGGCUAUGCGGGUGCCUCCUGCGAGCGGUGCGCACCCGGCUUCUUCGGGAACCCGCUGGUGCUGGGCAGCUCCUGCCAGCCGUGCGACUGCAGCGGCAACGGUGACCCCAACCUGCUCUUCAGCGACUGCGACCCCCUGACCGGUGCCUGCCGCGGCUGCCUGCGCCACACCGCGGGGCCCCGCUGCGAGAGCUGCGCCCCCGGCUUCUACGGCGACGCCCUGGUGCCGGGCAACUGCACCCGGUGUGACUGCGCGGCGUGCGGGACAGAGGCCUGCGACCCCCACACCGGGCGCUGCGUGUGCAAGACGGGAGUGACCGGGCCGCGCUGUGACCGCUGUCAGGAAGGAUACUUCGGCUUCCAGGACUGUGGGGGCUGCCGCCCGUGCGCCUGCGGACCCGCCGCGGAGGGCUCUGAGUGCCACCCCCAGAGUGGGCAGUGCCACUGCCGGCCGGGGGCUGGAGGGCCUCAGUGCCGUGAGUGCGCCCCCGGCCACUGGGGGGUGCCCGAGCAGGGCUGCAGGCGCUGCCAGUGCCAGGGGGGCCACUGUGACGUGCACACAGGCCGCUGCACAUGCCCCCCUGGGCUCAGCGGGGAGCGCUGUGACACCUGCAGCCAGCAACACCAGGUGCUGGUGCCAGACGGGCCCGGGGGCCAUGGCGUCCACUGUGAAGUGUGUGACCACUGUGUGGUCCUGCUCCUCGACGACCUGGAGCAGGCGGGCGCCCUCCUCCCUGCCAUCCGGGAGCAGUUGCGCGGCAUCAACGCCAGCUCUGUCGCCUGGGCCCGGCUGCACAAGCUGAACGCCUCCAUUGCCACCUUGCAGAGGCAGCUCCAGAGUCCCCUGGGCGUCCGCCACGAGACAGCGCAGCAGCUAGAGGCCCUGGACCAACAGAGCUCGAGCCUCGGGCAGGAUGUGCAGAGGCUGGACAGCCAGGCCACGAGAGCCCUGGCCCAGGCCAGCCGGCUGCUGGACAGCACUGAGGCCUCGCUGGGCCGGGCACAGACGCUGCUGGUGGCCAUCCGGGCUGUGGACCGCGUCCUGAGUGAGCUCGAGUCCCAGACGGACCUGCUGUUCCCGGCCAAUGCCUCCGCCCCGUCGGGCGAGCACGUGCGCCGGACCCUGGCCGAGGUGGAGCGGCUGCUGGGGGCGAUGCGGGCCCGAGACCUGGGAGCCCCGAGGGCCGCGGCUGAGGCCGAGCUGGAGGAGGCCCAGAGAUUGCUGGCCCGUGUGCAGGAGCAGCUGACCGGCCGCUGGGAGCAGAACCAGGCGCUGGCCGCACGUGCCCGAGACCAGCUGGCCCAGCACGAGGCUGGCCUCAUGGACCUUCGAGGGGCCCUGAACCGGGCGGUGGGCACCACUCGGGAGGCUGAGGAGCUCAACAGCCGGAACCAGGAGCGCCUGGAGGACGCCCUGCGGCGGAGGCAGGAGCUGUCCCGGGACAACACCACUGUGAGGGCCACUCUGCAGGCCGCCAGCGACAUCCUGGCCCGGCUGUCUGAGCUCCUGCGGGGUAUGGACCAGGCCAGGGAGGAGUAUGAGCACCUUGCUGCCAACCUGGACGGGGCCCGGACGCCACUGCUCGAGAAGAUGCGGGCCUUCUCCCCAGCAAGCAGCAAGGUGGAGUUGGUGGAGGCCGCGGAGGCCCAUGCGCAGCAGCUGCACCAGCUGGCCCUCAACCUGUCCAGCAUCAUCCGUGGCGUCAACCAGGACCGCUUCAUCCAGCGCGCCCUCGAGGCGGCGCACGCCUACGGCAGCAUUCUACAAGCUGUGCAGGCCGCCGAGGGGGCCGCCGGCCAGGCCCUGCAGCAGGCGAGCCACGCGUGGGCGGUGGUGGUGCAGCGGGGCCUGGCGCCCCGAGCCCGAGAGCUGCUGGCCAACAGCAGUGCCCUGGCGGAGGCCGCGCUCAGGGAGCAGCAGAGGCUGGGCCGUGCGUGGGCUACCCUCCAGGGCACUGGGACCCAGCUCCGAGACGCCCAGGCCAAGAAGGAGCAGCUGGCGGCCCGAGUGCAGGCGGUGCAGGCCAUGCUGGCCAUGGACACCGAUGAGGCGAGCCAGAAGAUUGCUCACGCCAAAGCUGUGGCCACCGAAGCCCAGGCCACGGCCGCCCGCGUGCAGUCUCGGAUUCAGGACAUGCAGAGGAACCUGGAGCAGUGGCAGGGCCAGUACGGAGGCCUGCGGAACCAGGACCUGGGCCAGGCGGUGCUGGACGCAGGCCGCUCAGUGUCCACCCUGGAGAAGACGCUGCCUCAGCUGCUGGCCAAGCUGAGCCUCCUGGAAAACCGUGGGGUGCACAACGCCAGCCUGGCCCUGUCGGCCAGCAUCGGCCGAGUGCGGGAGCUCAUCGCGCAAGCCCGAGGAGCCGCCAGCAAGGUGAAGGUGUCCAUGAAGUUCAACGGGCGCUCAGGGGUGCAGCUGCGGGCCCCUCGGGACCUCUCCGACCUCGCCGCCUACACCGCUCUCAAGUUCUACCUCCAGAGCCCGGAGCAGGAGCCGGGCCGGGUCACCAGGGACCGCUUUGUGCUCUACAUGGGCAGCCGCCAGGCCGUCGGGGACUACAUGGGUGUGGCUCUGCGGAACCAGAAGGUGCAGUGGGUGUACCGCCUGGGGGAGGCGGGCCACGCUGUCCUCAGUGUCGACGAAGAUAUCGGGGAGCAGUUCGCAGCAGUUAGCAUUGACCGGACCCUCCAGUAUGGCCACAUGUCCAUCACGGUGGAGAAGCAGAUGCUCCAUGAGACCAAGGGUGACACGGUGGCCCCAGGGCCCGAGGGGCUGCUCAGCUUGCAGCCCGACGACUUUGUCUUCUACGUGGGGAGCUACCCCAGCAACUUCACGCCCCCCGAGCCCCUCCGCCUUCCUGGCUACCUGGGUUGCAUUGAGAUGGACACGCUCAACGAGGAGGUGCUCAGCCUCUAUAACUUCGAGGACAUCUUCGGGCUGGACACGGCCGUGGACAGACCUUGUGCCCGCUCCAAGUCGACCGGGGACCCCUGGCUCACUGACGGCUCCUACCUGGACGGCUCCGGCUUCGCUCGCAUCGGCGUGGAGGCUCAGAUGGGCUCUUACAAACGCUUUGAGCAGGAGCUGCGCCUCGUGUCCUCCAGCGGCAUCAUUUUCUUCAUGCAGCACCAGGACCAGUUCCUGUGCCUGGCUGUGCAGAACGGCAGCCUCCUGCUCCUCUAUGACUUGGGCACCGGCCUGCAGAAGGCCUCCCCGCAGCACACGCAGCACGAGGAGGUGCAGAGACUGCUAGCCCUGGGCACGGCCAGCAAGGCGGUGAGGCUGGGCUCGGGGAGGGCUGGCGGGCAGCGGGAGGGCCCGCAGGCGCACGCCUCACCCUCAAGGCCUGCACCCGGCGCCUCACAGAUCCAGGUGUUCCUGCUGCGGGGCACUCAAAACCGCGUCAGCCGGGUGCUGGUGCGCGUGGAGAGGAUCAACGUGUUCAGCGUGGAGCACAACAGCACCCUGGAGCUGGCCGACUCCUACUACCUGGGGGGCGUGCCGCCCGACCAGCUGCCCCCGAGCCUGCGGCAGCUCUUCCCCUCCGGAGGCUCGAUCCGCGGCUGCGUCAAGGGCAUCAAGGCGCAGGGCAAGUACGUGGAUCUCAAGAGGCUGAACACCACCGGCGUCAGCUCGGGCUGCACUGCCGACCUGCUGGUGGGACGGGCCAUGACUUUCCACGGCGACGGCUACCUGUCCCACGAGCUCCCCGACGUCCCGCCCGUCGUGACCCACAUCUACUCCGGCUUAGGCUUCCGCAGCACCCGGGACGACGGUCUGCUCUACCACCAAGCGCUCCUGGAGGGGCCAUGCCAGGUGUCCCUGCAGCAGGGCCGUGUGACGCUCCGGCUGGUGAGGAUGGAGGUGAAAACUCAAAGGAGCUUUGCCGACGGCGCCCCCCACUACGUGGCCUUCUACGGCAACAACACGGGGGUCUGGCUCUACGUGGACGACCAGCUGCAGCAGAUGAAGCCCCACCAGGGCCCGCCCCCCGGGCUGCAGCCUCAGCACCCCCCUCGGCUCUAUCUGGGGGGCGGUUCCACAACCGGCGACGCGGUCAGCUUCACUGGCUGCAUCAGCAACGUAUUCCUGCUGCGGCCGCUGGGGCCGCAGCGCGUGUUUGACCUGCAGCAGGGCUGGGACAACGUGAACGUGACCUCAGGCUGCGCCCCUGCCCCACGCACCCAGCCCCAGGGGCAGGGGCCUCGAGGACUGUGGGCCGCCCAGAAGGCCGGCCGACACAGCCGCCAGCCCCCCCAGGACCCUGCGUGCUCCUCACCCUGGCCCCUCAGCGCCAUCCAAGACGCCUACCAGUUUGGGGGCCCCCUGUCUGGUCACCUGGAGUUCACCCGCGUGCCGGCCACCCCCAGGAACGGGUUCCACAUGUCGAUGCUGGUGCGCCCCCACCUCCCGCGAGGACUCCUGCUCCUCGCGGCCCCCCUCGCAGAUGGCAGCCCCUCCCUGGUCCUCUUCCUGAGCCACGGAUACUUUGUCGCGCAGACAGAAGGCCCCGGGCCCCAGCUCCGAGUGCGGAGCCGCCAGCGUUCACGGACCAACCGGUGGCACACGGUGUCUGUGCGGUGGGAGAAGACGCGGGUCCAGCUGACGAUCAAUGGGUUCCGGGCCCGGGACCAGGAGGGACCCGGCCAGCAGCACCAGGCGGCAGGGAGCCCCCGGCCCCACACUCUGUUCGUGGGGGGCCUCCCUGCCAGUGGCUUCAGCCCCCGGCUGCCAGUGGCCGUCGGCAGCUUCAGCGGCUGUGUGAGGAGACUGCGGCUGGACGGACAGCCCCUGGGGGCCCCCACACGGGUGACAGGGGUCACGCCGUGCUUCUCAAGGCCCCUGGAGGAGGGCCUGUUCUUCGCGGACAGCGGGGGUGUCGUCACCCUAGACACCCUGGGGGCCGCUCUCGAGACCCUGGAGCUGGAGGUCCGGCCUCAGACAGCCAGUGGCCUGGUCUUCCACCUGGGCCGGGUGCAGGCACCGCCCUACCUGCAGCUGCAGGUACUGGAGAAGCAGGUCCUGCUGCGGGCCGACGAUGGCGCAGGGGAAUUCUCCACGUGGGUGACGUGCCCUGCAGCCUUGUGUGAUGGGCAGUGGCACCGCCUGGCAGUGACCAGAAGCGGGAACGUGCUCCAGCUGAAGGUGGACACGCAGAGCAACCACACCGUGGGCCCCGCGCUGGCAGCCUCAGCAGAUGCCAGACCACCCCUGCACCUCGGGGGCCUGCCUGGGCCCCUGAACGCUCAGGUGGGGCCUCUAGCCUACCGCGGCUGCAUGAGGAACCUGGUGCUGAACCGGUCCCCCGUCACCUGGCCUCGCUCUGUGGGCGUCCAGGGUGCAGUGGGGGCCAGCGGCUGCCCCUCCAACCACGCAGCAGAGCGCCCAGGGGCCCUGGCUGGGCAUCCACUGGAGGGCCGCCCCAGGCAGGCCGGCUCCCACCUCUCGGGGCCUCCUGCCCCCUUCAGCUGAAGUCUGUGUCUAUUUAUCUGGACUCUAGAUUCUACAGGUGAUGAGUCUUCUUUCUGGAAAUGGUUUUUUUCAACCGGGGUUUUUAAUAUUUUUUAUCUUUCAAUUUCAUUAUGAGAUUCCCCCUCCAAUUUUUAAUAAUAUGAGAAUCUGCCCCGCUUCUAAAAAAUUAAAAAGUAACUUCUGUUUAA